AUCAGUUAAAGGAGUUAUAUCAGAAUUUCAUGAAGGAGCAUUCUGGUGAUCAGGUAGCAAACCCCAUAUGUUAUUACCUUCCGCAUCAUGGUGUGUUUAGACCAGACAAAACCACUACAAAGUUAAGGGUAGUCUUCAACGCAUCUGCUCCCACAACUUCUGGACUGAGCUUAAAUGAUCAUCUCUUGAAAGGUGAAGUAAAGGAAGAUGUUUUCGAGAUUAUGACAAGAUUUCGAAAAUACAAGUACGCAUUUACAGCAGAUAUCCAGAAAAUGUUUCGUCAAAUUCUAAUUGAGCCCUCGCAACGAGAUCUCUUAAGAAUUGUUUGGAAGAACGAGGAAGAUGAAAUGCCAGUCACCUAUAGACUGAAAACUGUGACUUACGGAACCGCCAGUGCUCCCUUUCUUGCGGUGAGAACUCUUAAGCAGUUAGCUCACGAUGAAGCAGCAAGCUAUCCUCUGGCCUCUAAAACCAUAUUACGAGAUGUCUACAUGGAUGACAUCGUAUCAGGUGAGCAAGAUUUCGAUGCUGCCCUCGAACUACAAUCUCAGUUGUGCAAUAUGUUGAGCACAUGUGGAAUGACACUACACAAAUGGAAUUCUAAUUCAAUGAAAUUGAUGAACAGCAGUUCACCAGAAAAUAAAGAGCAUUGCUUUUCCUCAAGUGCGGAACCAACAGUAAAAACCUUAGGCAUUAUUUGGAAACCGGUUGAAGAUCAGUUCAUAUUCAAGGUAUCGAUUCCAGAAAAAUUGCUUUAUACGAAACGAGAAGUGUUGAGUGUCAUCGCCAGGCUUUAUGACCCCUUGGGUCUUCUAGCACCAGUUAUAAUUCGAGCAAAGAUCUUUCUACAGAAACUGUGGCUCAGUAAGCUCAAUUGGGAGGAUACUCUACCAGAAAACCUUAAUUAUGAAUGGGUGAACUUUGUAUCGUCCUUGAAGGCCUUGGACGACCUUAAGAUUACUAGAUAUAUUUUGACAGACCCCCUUCAAAGAGCUGUCUUGCUAGGAUAUGCAGAUGCUUCGGAGUCAGCUUAUGGAGCAGUAGUUUACAUGCAUUGCAUAAAGGAAGAUGGAGCUGGCAAGACACGACUUAUUGCUAGUAAAUCUCGUGUUGCUCCUCUUAAGGUCAUUACAAUCCCUCGAUUAGAGCUAUCAGCUUGUCUUGUACUGUCUCAGCUGAUCAAGAAAGUACGCUCAUGUCUGCGAAUGGAUAUAGCUGAGGUGAUCUUACACACAGAUUCAACUAUUGCCAUCGCUUGGAUCAACACUCCCGCAUAUCGCCUGAAGACCUUUAUUGCGAAUCGAGUGGAAAAGAUACGAUCUAUUACUGAAGGCUGUCACUGGAAACAUAUAGCCUCCCACUCCAAUCCUGCAGAUGUAGUUUCUCGGGGUUUAAAACCGCAAGAUCUACUAUCCAUGGAAUUAUGGUGGAGUGGGCCGCAAUCUCAACUAGCAUCAUCCGUUGAACAUCAGGAUGAAUAUGCCAUCGACACUUCCUCAGAUGAACAAUAUCUAUCUGAGCUUAAAAACCAAUCGGACGUUAAUUUAAUGUCAGUGUCAAGCUCUGACCUUGACAAUACCUUGUUUGAACUUAAUAAUAAUUAUAUGAAAUUAAUUCGCAUACUCAGUUAUAUUUUCCGGUUUCUACAUAACAUAAGGCAUGUAACUCGUCGAUCUGGACCUUUAUCAAGGGAAGAACUCCAGGAGUCCAAAAUUUAUUUGAUCGGCAAGGUACAAGGAAUUGCCUUUGCCGAAGAAAUAAAAACACUGCAAAUGAGAAGGAAUCUAACGAAGGGUCAGUUAAGCAGAUUGCAUCCCUUUCUAGAUAAACAAGGCCUAAUGAGAGUCGGCGGUAGAUUGAGCAAUUCAAAUUUACCAUUUGACAAAAAGUUUCCAAUUCUGCUACCUAAAAAUCACAAGUUAACCUACUUAAUUAUGAGAUAUUAUCAUUUGAAAAAUUUGCAUGUUGGUGCGCAAACUUUACUUUAUCUCGUCAGACAAGAAUUCUGGCCUUUAAGUGGAAGAAACCUGGCUAGAAGGGUAGUACAUGAAUGCAUCGUUUGCUUUAGAAAUAAACCCAAAGGCAUGGAACAAAUCCUAGGAAAUCUUCCUUCAGAGCGAAUCACUCCAAAUCCCCCUUUCAAACAUGUAGGGAUUGAUUUUUGUGGUCCUUUUCUUAUUAAAUAUAAAGGACAAAGAAAGGGCAUCUAUCACAAGUGCUACGUCGCAGUCUUCGUUUGCAUUGUGACUAGGGCAAUUCACCUUGAAGUAGUUACUGACUUAACAACCGAGGCAAUGAUAGCAACUUUGAAAAGAUUUUUUAGCAGACGGGGUAAAAGUGCAUCAAUUUGGACAGAUAAUGCCACAAAUUUUGUGGGUGCCAGUGCGGAGUUGAAACGCCCACAUAACUACGUAAGAGCACAUCCUGAUAGUUUAGCUGAUUAUCUCACCAGCAAGGAAGUCACUUGGAAGGUCAUACCACCUAGAUCACCAAAUUUCGGUGGCCUUUGGGAAGCAGGAGUCAAGUCCUUUAAACAUCACCUAAAGAGAACCGUGGAUAACUUGCAUCUAACUAUAGAACAGUUUAUAACCAUCACCACACAGAUAGGAGUUUUGAAUAGCCGACCGCUCACUCCUAUGUCCUCUGAUCCAAGCGACUUCCAAGUUCUAACUCCAGGACACUUUCUUAUCGGAAGACCUCUGAUUAGCCUACCUGAAUCAGAUCUCACUGGUAAACCAGAUAAUUAUUUGUCUCAAUGGCAAAUGUUAACUAAAUUUGUUCAAGUUAUUUGGCAUAAGUGGAAAUUGGACUACUUAAACAACUUACAGGCCCGACAUAAGUGGCAAUUUGAGAAAGACAAUAUAACACCAAACUCAAUGGUCCUCUUAAAGGAUGAAAAUCUCCCACCCGGUAGUUGGUCGAUGGGCCGAGUACAAGAAGUAAUCAAACGAUCUGAUGGAAAGAUGAAGAGGGGUUCUGGUGAAAAUGCCUAGGGAUGUUUUUAAAUGAAGCAUAACCAAAUUGUGCCUGUUACCAUCCAUCUAGGAAG